AGGUGGAGUAGAAAAUAAUCCCGUCCUUUCAGUACCGCAUGAGUGACGUCAACAGCUUCCCUGGCGCAUGGGUUCCCCCCGAUUUGCUAUGUGCGAGCUACUGUACUAUCCUUCGGUAGACGAGGCUCCACGUACAGCAAACAUAGCCUUCAUUUCGCGUUUUCCUCCUCUGGCUGUGAUCUCGCCAUUGAGUUCGCUGCCUACAAAUGCCACUCGUGGACGCCGAACCGGUUGUUCGCGCGUUGCUUCUACCAAAAACGACAAGGAGUGUCUUACUUUGACUGUUUUAUAAUCGUCAAUUUUCCUCAAUAGCGGGUAUUUGUUACAAACAUUCCAUAUCGUCGAAGAUCCAGUAAGAAUUUCGUCUGGUGCCAAGACGUGAGGAUGAAUUCCAUACGACAGGUGCCUUCAAGGGUGAAAACCAAAAGGAUCGAAACGAAUUUAGGUGCUGAGAGGGAACAUUUUGAUAAGCAGCAGCUCAGCAGCAUCAGCAAAGCCAUCAACUCCAAUGAGGCGCCUGUGAAAGAGAAACAUGCACGCCGGAUCAUUCUGGGGACCCACAGAGAGAAGGGAGCCUUUACUUUCUGGUCCUAUGCCUUGGGCCUCCCUUUGUCCAGCAACUCCAUCCUCAGCUGGAAGUUCUGCCACGUGGUGCACAAAGUGCUGCGGGAUGGCCACCAUAACAGCCUUCAGGACUGCAUGAGACAUCACAGUAACAUAGUUGAAACAGGGCAACUAUGGGGCAACCUUCAUGACAGAUAUGGCCAGCUGGUGGCUCUGUAUGCUAAGCUCCUCUGCACGAAGAUGGAGUUCCACGUGAAGCAUUCUGAAAUCCGAGCCAACCUAGAAGUAACAGAUGAGGUUCUGGAGCGCGUUGCAGGAACAGACAUCAAUAAUGUGUUCCAGCUCACUGUGGAAGUGUUUGAUUACCUGGAUACAGAGCUGAGGCUAGCUGAGACAGUGAUCCGGCAGCUCAACACGUCCAUUGCCAUCUCUACGCUGACGUCAGGCCAGUGUCGCCUGUCCCCCCUCAUCCAGGUCAUUCAGGACUGCAGUCACCUCUACCACUUCACCGUCAAGCUGCUCUUCAAGCUGCACGCUUGUCUCCCAGCAGACACCCUGCAAGGACAUCGUGAUCGUUUCCAUGACCAGUUCCACAGCCUCAAGACCUUCUUCAACAAAGCCAGAGACAUGAUGUACUUCAAGAGACUCAUCCAGAUCCCCAAGCUGCCAGAAUCCCCUCCUAACUUCCUGCAUGCGGCUUCCCUGGCCAAGCAUGCGAGGCCGGUGGUGGUCAUCCCAGACGAGGAUGAGCCCGAGCAGGUGGAUGAUGACGAUGACGACCCUGAACCGCUGAUCAAUGUCAGUGACGUCACCAUGCCCAGCAUGGCAGUGCCACAGUUCGACAUAUUUGAUCAAACCUUUGGACCUGCCAAUGGUGGUUUUGAUGACAGGGAUAUCCAGAUUGAGAACCUCAAGCGGGACUUGGAGCUAUUGAGGACAGAUCUGGAAAGGGUCAAAGGAGAGGCCCAGCGCUACAUCACUCAGCUUAAGUCCCAGAUCAACAGUCUGGAGGCGGAGCUGGAGGAGCAGCGGGUGCAGAAACAGCGUGCCCUGGUGGAGAACGAGCAGCUGCGCAUGGAGCUGGAGGCCACGCGCCGCCGCAAUGCUGAGCACGAGAGCGUGCAGGCCACCUUCGGAGAGGCCGAGACGAGAGCCCAGGCCACAGAGCAGCGCUAUAACAAGCUGAAGGAGAAGCACACUGAGCUAGUGUCCAGCCAUGCGGAACUGCUCAGGAAGAGUGCAGACACCGUGAAGAUGCUGUCAGCCACCCAGCAGACCCAGGAGGAGGUGGAGAGGACCAAGCAGCAGUUGGCUUUUGAGGUGGAUCGCAUCAAACAGGACGCUGACAUGAAGCUUGAGGAGCAGAAGUUUGAGAUGGAGAAGCUUAAAAGGGAGUUUGAGGAGAAGAAGGCAGAAGUGGAACGUGUCAAAGGCACUCUGCAGAGCAACGAGAAGGUGGGGGAACAGCAGACCAGAUCCAUGUCCGCGCUGCAGGCGGAGAAGGAGCGCCUGAUGCACUCUGUGAGUGAGAAGGAGGCAGCGCUGUCAUCCCUGCGCCAUGCUGCACAGCUGCAGCAAUCGUCCCUGCAGCAGGAGAGGGAGAGGAGCACCAGGGAGCUGGGAGAGCUGCAGGGCAGGCUGCAGGAGAAGUCUUGCCGUGAGGAGCAGCUGCAGCAGAAGCUGCUGGAGGAGCAGUUCUCUCUGCUGCAGGGAACGGUCUCUGAGGCUGAGAGCAUCAUCCAGGAUGCUGUGGCCAAACUGGACGAUCCACUGCACAUCCGCUGCACCAGCUCCCCAGACUACCUGGUCAGUCGUGCAGAGGCCACUUUAGGCUCCAUUGACAAAGUGAAAAAGGGUCACUCAGACUACCUGACAAACAUGGGAGAUGUUGGUGGGCUGCUGAGGGCCCUGACCCAGUUCUCCCACCUGGCUGCUGACACCAUCAUCAACGGCAGUGCCACAGCACACAUGGCUCCCACCGACCACGCCGACCGCCUGACUGAGAAUUGCAGGGGCUGUGCCACUCAAAGUCUGCAGUUCCUGAAGGACCUCAAGUCCAAGGCCUCUCUCCAGAGGGCAGAUCCGGCCUCCAUUCGCAUUGUGGUCCAAAAGAUCCUGAGGCUGGGGGAGGAGCUGCGACCUAAAGGCAUGGAUGUGCGACAGGAUGAGCUGGGAGAUCUGGUGGACAAGGAGAUGGCAGCCACAUCAGCAGCCAUUGAGGAGGCAGUGCGCAGAAUCGAUGAAAUGAUGAAUCAGGCACGAAAGGACACCUCUGGCGUCAAACUUGAGGUCAAUGAAAGAAUCCUCUACAGCUGCACAGACUUGAUGAAGGCCAUCCAUUUACUGGUCCUGACAUCAACCGACCUACAGAAGGAGAUUGUUGAGGGAGGGAGGGGUGCAGCCACUAUUAAGGAAUUCUACGCCAGGAACUCCCGUUGGACUGAGGGACUCAUCUCUGCCUCCAAAGCUGUGGGAUGGGGAGCCACACAGAUGGUUGAGUCCGCUGAUAAAGUGGUGCUGCACACUGGUAAAUAUGAGGAGCUCAUUGUCUGCUCACACGAGAUCGCUGCUAGUACAGCACAGCUGGUUGCUUCCUCCAAGGUAAAGGCAGACCGCAAUAGUACGAAACUGACAGCUCUCCAGCAGGCUUCUCGCCGUGUGAACGAGAUGGCAGCCAAGGUGGUGGCCUCGACCAAGACAGGCCAGGAGAACCUGGAGGACAAGGAUACCAUGGACUUCUCUGGAAUGUCCCUCAUCAAGUUAAAAAUGGAGGAAAUGGAGUCGCAGGUGAAGGUGUUGGAGCUAGAGAAUCAGCUGGGUAAUGAGCGUCUGCGUCUGGGAGAGCUCAGGAAGAAGCACUAUGAUAUAGCAGGUGUUCCAGCAGCAGACCUCUCAGAGGGAAAUGGCCUGGCCCCCUCAUCUGCCUCUGAGCCCUCCUCACCCAAACCCUCCAAGCCUAGCAUCAUGAGGAAACCUGCCUUGGCUCAGAAACCCAACUUACCUCCUAAAAAUAUGUUCAGGUAGACUGAUGCAGGCUAGAGAAGGACAUCUCUAUGCUGGAUGGUCGGGUUGAUCUGAGACAAACAGCCAUCAUAUGAAUUUAACACAGGGUCCUUUUGAGCUGCCUCCAACGAGACGAUCCUCUUUCCCAACCCCAACCUUACCUCUGUCCCUCUUUCUUUUCUUUUGCCAAACUGGAACUUGUGCUCCUCUUCUUCAGCCUGAUUUUAUCCCUCAGUGCUUUCUGCCUCUGAAGGAGUCACGCUCUAUCCUUCUUUUAUAGAUUAAACAUCAUAUGCCACCAAGGUGGUAUUCUUUGUUUUUGUGGACAUAAUGGUAUUAAAAACUGAAAGGGAAAAUAUUUGAGGAAAUCAUUCAAGUCUUUUUUUUAUUGCAGCAAUGCCAUUUUGUGUCUGAACUUUUUACUUAUAGCCUCCUGUAUAUUAAAAAUACUAAUUUUAUUAGUAUGGACAGGAUCACUGCAACAUCACAAAAUGACAGCAACAUAUUGAACUAGGCCAUAUCUGAGACAGCCUCAUGUUGCUGUAAUUUUCUAUGUUGGUUGGUGUGUAGGAAAAGGAGACAUUGGCACACAGAUUAUGUGGAAAAUAACAUUUCUACACAUUAAAUCCCGCUCAAUAUGUCUGUAUUAGUUCCAGGUUGUCAUUCCUCCUAUAGCUUGAUCUAUUUCUAAGUGGGACUGUGGUCCAGUGCUCAACUCUUUCCAUAUCAUCAGUAAGACCAGGGGGUGACACUUUUCUGACAACCCUGUUUAGGUUAGUGUUUGAUUCUAGAUUUGAUCAAUUUAACCCCUGGUACAGGAACAGCUCCCAUCAUUAAAGCAUGCACUAGUUUAGCUAUACACAUGGUCAUAAGGAAGUAUAAUUAUGCAUUUUUUUAUAUCUAUAUACAAUUGGAAAUUCACUCAAUGGGGAUUAGCAAUCUGCACAUCACAAAUUAUUCUUUGAAUCUCUUCUACGUGCUCCCUAGCCACUGAAUGUCUCUCACACUGAGUAUAUAAAACUGGCUAUGUUGGUACACAAAUGGAAUUUCUGUACUUGGCAAAUAAUUAUCACCUUGAAUUUUUAAAGAGGAAGGCUACUUUCCAAAGCUGAAAAUGGACAGUAUACAGUAUGUAGAACUCUUCUUUUGCUUCUGGGAGCUUUUCUUAUGAUUACUUCUGUGCUUUCAUUUGUAAUAAACAUAUUUAUACAUUCAAAUCUAAUAUAUUUUAGUAAAGAUUAUUGUGGUUCCUCCAUGUAAUAAGUGUAUGUCAAAUGAGCAAUAAAUGUUUAUGGUCA